AUGAGCUCAUUCAAGGGCAAUCUGAAAGAAUCUCAGCGAGCAAUGCAGCUGCUCAAACAACGCGAGAAGGAACGCCAAGAAAUUGAGUUCCAAAAAAAGAAGCUCGAAGCGGAAUUACGCGUUGGCGAAUUCACUAAUAAAUUCACCGUCCAACACGACAGCAUCGAAAACCAGCUUAAGACGGACACUGUUGGCUUAGUCACAUUGGAUGAGAUGAAAGCUCGUCAGCAGGCCGUAAUCACCCAAAGAGAGAAGGAGCUUGCUCUUGGCAAGGCAAACAAAGCAAAGUUUGGUGAAGCUCGGCAUGGGAAACACGGUGCUGUUCGAAGAGGUCCCAUUUCCUUCAAUGAGGAUGAGGAAGAAGAGCUGACUGAAUCAGAAGAAGAAAGAUCCUCUGCGAAUAUCAAUUGUUCCAAGGACAAGCAUUCCACUUCACUGGAAUCAGUAAAUGCUAUUAAUAAUGAGAUAGAAAAAGCAGUGGACCUAAACUGUCACGAAGCAAAUGAAACUGGUGUAGAAUUUGCAAAAAAACGCAGGAGACUAGGGAAAAAUCCAGACGUCGACACCAGCUUCCUGCCUGAUAUUGAUCGCGAUGAAGAAGAAAAGCAGCUACGGCAAGCAUCCACUUCGCUUAUACAUCCAGUUUACUUUGAGGAGCUUCGACGUGAAUGGCAUGCGAAACAAGCAGCAAUUAAGGAAGAAGAAAUAAGUGUAACUUAUAGCUACUGGGAUGGCUCUGGUCACCGACGCCAAGUUAAAAUGAAAAAGGGUCACUCCAUUCAUCUCUUUCUCCAUCGGUGUCUCGACCAGCUUCGCAAAGACUUCUCCGAACUUCGAGCAGCCUCCGCAGACCAGAUGAUGUAUAUCAAGGAAGACCUUAUCAUACCUCACCACUACACAUUCUACGACUUCAUAGUCACCAAGGCACGGGGGAAAUCUGGUCCGCUUUUCUCAUUUGAUGUCUAUGACGACGUAAGACUUCGAAUGGACGUGAGCAAAGAGAAGGAGGAGUCACACGCUGGCAAGGUGUGCUUGCGCUCUUGGUAUGAGCGCCACAAGCACAUUUUUCCGGCCAGCCGAUGGGAACCCUAUGACCCUGCCAAAAACUGGGAUCAGUACACCAUUUCCGACAAGAUGUCGGUUAAGAUAACAAUCAAGUAG